CAUAUAUCACUUCGGCUGCUGCAAGUGAGCACCGAAUCAAAAACCCUUAGCCAUGGCGACUCAACAAGCUAAAGCAUCCGUGCAAUGCUUCGGAAGGAAGAAGACGGCCGUCGCCGUCACCCACUGCAAGCGCGGCUGCGGUCUGAUCAAGCUCAACGGCGCCCCGAUCGAGCUAUUCAACCCAGAGAUCCUCCGGUUCAAGAUCUUCGAGCCGGUGUUUCUCCUCGGAAAGCACCGGUUCGCCGGAGUGGACAUGAGGAUCCGCGUCAACGGCGGCGGUCACACCUCCCAGGUGUACGCGAUCCGUCAGAGCAUCGCUAAAGCUCUCGUGGCGUUUUACCAGAAGUACGUUGACGAGCAGUCGAAGAAGGAGAUCAAGGAUGUGCUGAGUAGGUACGAUAGGACUCUGCUCGUGGCGGAUCCGAGGAGGUGCGAGCCGAAGAAGUUUGGUGGGCGUGGUGCUCGAUCUCGUUUCCAGAAGAGUUACCGUUAGAAAUGUAUUUCUAACGUCUUUGUCUCAAUGUUUUGGGUUACGUAUUGUCAAAGUUUGAGACUUUAAAUUUUCGUUUCAUGGUUAUUGGAUAAUGGUUACUUUGAGCAAAGAAGUUAAAUGUUUACUUUUUGGUUUGGUGAA